AUGUCUCUCUUCAGGGCAUUAAAGAAAACCUGCUCAGUAAUCAAAAAGAGACUCUUCUCUAGAGAAACGACUGAAGCAGUGAGAAUGGAAACGACAAAGAUUAAUAUGUCCCGUGUCCCACUGGUUAAUGGAGGCAUCGACACUGCCAUGCUCAAGGCACACAAACCUCGUGUGAUGUCCAAAAACGGUCACAGCAACGUGCGGAUUGACAAAGUUGAUGGCAUUUACCUACUCUACCUUCAAGAUUUGUGGACUACAGUUAUAGACAUGAAGUGGAGGUACAAACUCACCUUAUUUGCUGCUACUUUUAUUAUGACUUGGUUCCUCUUCGGAGUUAUCUACUAUGCCAUUGCAUUCCUUCAUGGUGAUUUAGAAAUAAACAAGUUCACCCCAAAGCGCGAGCCAUGUGUCAAGAAUGUAGACUCUCUGACUGGGGCGUUCCUCUUCUCACUGGAGUCACAGACAACCAUUGGCUAUGGAUUUCGUUUCAUUACAGAGGAGUGCCCUCAUGCCAUUUUCUUACUUGUGGCCCAACUGGUCAUCACCACCUUGAUUGAAAUCUUCAUCACAGGUACCUUUCUGGCGAAAAUUGCAAGACCUAAAAAAAGGGCAGAGACUAUUAAAUUCAGCCACUGUGCUGUCAUUACAAAACACAAUGGGGAACUUUGCCUGGUGAUCAGAGUAGCAAAUAUGAGGAAGAGCCUUCUGAUACAGUGUCAGCUGUCUGGGAAGCUUCUUCAGACAUACGAAACCAAAGAAGGGUUGAAUCAAGCUAGUGUUAAGUUCAAUGUUGACUCCUCUUCAGAGAGUCCAUUUCUUAUUUUGCCUUUAACGUUCUACCAUAUUUUAGAUGAAAGGAGCCCUUUGAGAGAUCUCACACCUCAAAAUCUCAAGGAGAAGGACUUCGAGCUUGUGGUGCUCCUGAACGCCACAGUGGAGUCCACCAGCGCUGUCUGCCAAAGCAGGACUUCCUACAUCCCCGAGGAGAUCCACUGGGGCUAUGAGUUUGUGCCUGUGGUUUCUCUCUCUCCAAAUGGAAAGUAUGUUGCGGAUUUCAGUCAGUUUGAGAAGAUUAGGAGAAGCACAGAUUCCAUUUUCUACAGUGUGGACUCUGAAAAACAAAAACUAGAGGAGAAAUACAGGCAGGAGGAUCAAAGAGAGAGGGAACUGAGAACAAUGUUGUUACAGCAGAGUAAUGUUUGA